AUCACCCCCCCCCCGCCAUCAGGUCAUCGUCAUCUGGGAACCUGGACGAUUCAACAGCAGUCUUCAGACAACGUUGCCACAUCCUGUCCUCGUUGCUGUCCAUACCGUUGCUGUUGGCUGCCAGGAAGCAGACUGACAACCUGCCCAACCCAACAAGCUUUCCGCAGUGCCUUGUGUCGACCGGGUGACCUUGAACCAAGCUCCAGCCACCACCACCACCACCACCAGCCCAUCCCGCCCCGACCUUCGACUGCACGCACUGCUCGACCUCAUCUCCUUCCUCGCAACUCGUCCCACCUACUGCCCCCCCCCUCGAGCUGCCCUCCACCUCCACCACUACCACAAUAACAACAACAACCACACGCCGAUCCACACUGGGGCCGACAUGACCAGCCCCUUCCAGAACUCCCCAAACCCCCAGAACACCCGACAAAGCAGCUUCCUACCAGCUCCCCUCUACCCUCGCUCCUCGCAUGCAUCUGUAGCCGCCGCCACGAGCCCACGAGCUUCCCCAGCAGCACACGGGAGCACCCGCGCAGGGCCAGGCUCCUUCGACCACAUCCUAAACCCCGUCGACCCAGAUUGGGACAGCCGCCAUCCCUCCCACCCUUCACAUCACGAGAGCAGCACGGCCGCCAUGACCCAGAACGGCUCGACCAUGGACCGAGCUGGUGGCCCCGGCGGCCUGUACCCCACGAGAUCCCUCUCCCACUCCCAGCAGCUGCCCUACUCCUCGCGGGCCUUCGACAUGUUCAUGAGCAGGACGCCCCUCGACAGCCUCCCCUCCGUCGACAUCCUGGCCACCGGCCGCCCGAGCCCCGCCGCCGCCAGCCCCAGCCCCAGGGCAAGCAGCAUACCCAGGCCCUCGUACCUGCAGGGCUCCCACUACCUGGCGAGGCUGGAGCACCAGGCCCGCCAGAGGACGCUGCACGCCCAGAGGCAGAGGCGGGACUCGCACGAGAAGAACGGCGCCAGCCUGCCCGGCGACAAGACCGCAUCCCAGCAGCACCACCACCAGCACCAGCACCUGGGCAUCGCACGCGACGUGGUCGAGCGGACGCCGCCGCACGAGGACGACGACCUGGUGGACUCGCUACCGUCGCGGUGGAGCAACGUCAAGGAGGACAGGGCGGCUGGGCUUGAGGUUCUGUCGGACGGUCUGGAGGUCAAAUAUACAGGGCCUAGGGAUCCCAACGAGAGAGACCACGAGGCGCGCGCCAUCCGUGCCGACCAGCCCAUGCCCGUCCGGUGCGGGCUCUAUUACUACGAGGUCACCAUUCUGGGUAGGAAACAUAACGACACUCUCAUCGGCGUCGGCUUCUCAAGUAAAUCAGCAUCUUUAAAUCGAGCACCAGGAUGGGAACCCGAGUCCUGGGGCUACCACGGCGACGACGGCCACUGUUUCCAGGCGCAGAACGCUGGCAAGCAGUACGGCCCUACCUUCGGAUACGGCGACGUCAUCGGGUGCGGUGUCAACUUCAGGACAGGGACCGCCUUCUUCACAAAAAAUGGCCAUUACCUUGGCAUCGCCUUCCGAGAAGUCAAGGGGAAGCUGUACCCCUCUGUUGGGCUCAAAAAGACCGGAGAGCAUAUUCGUGUCAACUUCGGCCAGACACCAUUCUUGUUCGACAUUGAUUCAGUUAUGAAGAAAGAGAUCAGGCAGCUUGAAAAGGAGAUCGAGCAAGCAGACACCACAAAACUCGCCCCACCACUCAGCGAGACGGAGCUCAUCCAGCAAUUAGUUCUGCAAUUUUUACAACAUGACGGCUACGUGGACACGGCACGAGCCUUCGCCCAAGAGAUACAAUCCGAAAAGCAAGCUCUCUGUUUAGAUCCGAACGAGGAGAUACCCGGCAUUGAUAUAAAAGACGAUGAAGAUGCAAAUAACCGACAAAGUAUCCGUCGAGCCAUCUUGGAGGGCGACAUCGACAAGGCGCUUGACCGAACAAAGGCAUCUUACCCGCAAGUCCUCGAGGUGAAUGAGCACGUCCACUUCCGCCUGCGAUGCCGCAAGUUCAUCGAGAUGAUCCGACGAGAGGCCGAGACGAACCUUGUGGGCGCGGGCGGCCCCAAAGGCACCGCCCACAUCUCCGGCAAAAACGGGCAUAGGCAGCCUCCGGCCGUCGAGGACAUGGAGCUCGACGAGGAAAUGGAGGACAUGGACGGCGCGCACGACCAGCAGGACCUGACAGAGGAUGCGCUACGGUACGGGCAGACGCUGCAACACGAGUACAGGGAUGACGACCGGACGGAGGUGCACCAAGCACUAAACGAGAUCUUCAGCCUCAUGGCGUAUGAGAAUCCGCUCAAGGAGCCCAAGGUGGCACACCUGCUGGACCGCAAGGGGCGGGUCGCCGUCGCCGAGGAGCUCAACUCUGCCAUACUGCAAUCCCUGGGCAAGUCAUCCCGCGCGGCAUUAGAAAACAUGUACGCACAAACCUCUGUCCUCCUGGACGACCUGGCCGAGACGGGCGGGCCGGGCGCGUUCGUCACCCUGCAGAACAUCAUCGACGAGAUCGACACGCCCCGGCAGGGGUUCUAGGGGAACGAUGAUGAUGGAGCCGGCCCGGGCGGCGCCUCAUAGCAGCUGGCCGCCCGGGCGUCAUGUGCCCUAAUGAAGCCGAUCCCGAAACGAGUCCGGCGGGAGAACAAGCCUGAUGAUGCUGCACAACAACGCGGCAGCGGUUCUCCCGGUGGCCAUGCCACGUCGUCGGCGUCGCUCAACCCUGCCGCGCCCUGCUUCGUACCCGGUGUGGAUGUUCCGGGGUGGUUGAAUGAGAUCUCGGAGGAUUGAUAGACGGACGGGCUGACGGAAUCGUGGGGCGUGCAGCCAGCCACACAGCGAGCAGCGGAUCUUAUUCGCUGGCCAGCCACUUACCUGGGGUUCUUCGGCUUGAGUUGGGCGUUGUCUUGUUUCUUUUGUUUUCAGCAUGGGCAAGGCAAGGCAAGGCAAGGCAAUGCAUGGGGCUUAACACGGAGUUUUUGUUGGUAGAAUCCUAUCGGGGUCGGGUGUGUCUGCCUGGUCUAUCGGUACCACCAGCUCGGUUGCGCUGCGCUGGGUGGGCGAUGGCCGCGCGCCUUGACCUCGGCCACUCGAGCUCUGUCGGCCUGGGUUCGGUUCGGCUUCUGGUUUUGUUUUUCUUCCCCCCCGUGUGUGACUUUUGGUGCGGUGCGGCUCACCACAUGGGCCGUGUAUGGAGUCAUGGGCAUGUCACGGUAUUGGUAGGAAAGAGAGAGAGAGAGAGGGCUGUGGGCACCCACGCACCCACCCAGCGAACGAGCGAACGAGCGCCUGACAAACCCGACCAAUUCAACCAGCGGCACACUGCGGCUUGAGGCUGCGGUAACAACAGUUAAAUACAUAUUGUUUUUUUUAUUUCUCCCUUCGUGUUUGGUGUUUUAUAAUUCACUCUACACACACACACACACACCAGGCAUGAUCAUCGGGUAGAUAUUACGCCAGCGGGGAUACGGUGGGUAGUUGGGGAGUUAAUUGAGGUGGAUUGUUUCUUUUCCCCCCGGCCUGUGGGUUGCGGGACCAGCGGGCUGAGUUUAGUUUGGUUGAGGGGGGAAGAAGGCUGGCGUGGAGGGGUGGGAGAGACCCGGCCGGUCGGUUGUGUGGAAUGGAUGAUGGGGUCCACGGUGUUCGGUUGAUUGAUCGGUUGUUAGCUAGGGUGGAUGGGGUUUCUUGGGGUUUGGUAGAGAAAUGAGGAUGAGAGAGUUGAUUGAGUGGGUGUGUGUGAGUGAGCGAGUGUGUGAGUGAGUGACUGAGUGAGUGACAACCAACUUGAAGAGGGGGGGGUUUGUUCGCAACAUUGAUUGAUGGAUGAAUGGCACGGACGGUGUUUUGUUUUUGGCCCAACUCAUAUUUGUGGCCUUGUUGGUCUCUUUUCCUCUCCUGUUUCCGGCGAUCGAUGGGUCUGGCUGGUAUGGUUCUUUCGGCCGGUUAUUUGGUAGGUAUAGCGAGCGGGGGAAGGGGGUUGGGCGGCGUUUUUUUUAUUUUAUGUCCUUGGCUCGUUCUCUUUUCUGUCUGUCUGUCUGUCUGUCUGUCUGUCUGUCUGCUGGAAGAAGAAGAUGAUGAAGAAGAUGAAGAAGAAGAAGGAAGAAAGAGAAAGAGAAAGAGAAAGAAAGAAGAAAAUCCUGCUCUCUACUUACUGCCUGUUGUUCUGUCUCCUCUCCUCUCCUCUCCUCUCCUCUCUGUUUAUUCCUGCUUGUGUACAUCACGAUGUGGGUUGGCUGGGCUUGGAUGAUUCGACCUGGCUGACCCUCGGGGACUUGGUUGUUGGACUCUGCUUGAUUUGAGUUUAUGUGGGGUUCGUCCUGUGUUGGGCGGGACGGGACGGGACGGGACGGGUGUCUUGUACUAGAUUU